AUGGGGUUGCUGCCAAAUCCACUGCGGCCGCGCGAGCCUCAGCUCCCACUAUAUCAAAAAGUCAACUCUCCAACGAAGGAGCGAUAUUCUGACGAUGACUAUUCAACCGAAGACGAAGAUGACUACGAAGACGAGCCAUACUCCCCCGAGAGCUCUUCCGCUGGCUCUUCAAGGCAUACAUCUGGGUCUGCGAGCAGUGGGCUUUUGAUGUUGCCCAGUCACCAGAAGAAACCCCUCCCUCUUAGACGAAGGAUCGCCAAAGUGUACCCCUACCGAAUGCCAAACAAGGUCACUCGUUACUUAUUUUGCACUGUUAUUACAUUCAUUAUCGUUAUGGUCUUGAGUCUUGUACGAGCCAGCCAAGUUGAGAACUGGAAAGUUGCCAACGGUAAGGUUGAUAACCGCCCACCACCACCACCACCUGCUUGGGAGAAGUUCCCCUUUUUGGAAAGAUACUAUGGUGGUCUCAAGAGCCUGGUCACCUUCGAAGAGCUAAAGCCGGAAUGGCCUCAUGUGAAGGAUGAGCCUGAGAUGCUAAGUGAAGGCAAUGACUGGAGUAAGCAAAACGAAAUCAAGAGCGACAAAGAUACCGACGAAACCGACAAGGCUGCUACCGAAGAAAUUGAAGCCCAAGCUCAAGGCGCGCAUCCUACCAAGAAGGAAGUGAGGGACGAAGUUAAACCAGAGGACGACGUUAAGGCCGAGACAAAAGGAGGUGCCGUGGAGGCAAAGGAGGAUAAGCCCCAGGAUGAUCCCAAGGCCAGCAAGAAGAAGCUCCCUAAAAGCAACGACUGGAGCGAUUAUGCGAACCGAAGCGAGGAGACCGGAAGCAAAGAAUGUUUUUUAGAUGCUGAUGGCACAAUACGGGUUCCCCAGCUCCGAUACUAUAAUGGUCGCCCCCAAGGAUUCCCUGAGCAUGCCAUCGGAUCCUAUGAGACCCUGAACCUGCCCGAGAACAUUUGUUUCGACCGUUAUGGCCGCUAUGGCCCCUAUGGGUUUGGCUAUUCCUCAAGAAAUGGCGGUCUUAGCGUUGGUGAACAUGGACAAAAGGAAGGGUCGGAUGCUGUCUGGGAGAAGACUCCCCGCGUGGACUAUCGACAGAUUGACUGGGCUGAUGUCCAGCGCCGUUGCUUUAAGGCCAACCAGGCCCGCUUCAAGGAGCUUCCCUCCAAAAUACAGGCUCCUCAUGGUUUCUUUGCGCACGAACCUAAGCCUAAGCCACUUCCUACUUCAACUCUGGAGCGCCGCGGUCUCGAGGAGGAUAAGUCCAAGGCUGACAAGGAGACCGCUGCCUCCCAGAUUGAGACGUCAAACCCGAAGACUACUCAACAAUCCAAGUCGGAGGCAUCACAGGUCGCAAACUCAAAGGUUGAGCCUACUGAGGCUUCUGUGUCUCAAACGAGUGAGUCAAAGCCUCAGGAAUCAAAAGCAGAAAAGUCGCAGUCUGGAAAGCCCCACGAGACCGAACCCAAGGAUAAUGGGGAGGACGAGAAAAGCCAGGGAGGACACGCUGGGCAUUCCAAUAAUGCGUCGCCCAAGGCUGCUGGGAGCGGGGUAUCACGAACUGCUGUUGUUGUACGAUGCUGGGACGAGUACAAGUGGCGCGAAGAUGAUAUUGCCAACCUUCGAUCUCUCAUUACUGAGCUCGCUGUGACAUCUGGUGGUCGCUAUGAUAUCCAUCUCCUAGUUCAGGUCAAGAAUGAAGCUGCUCAUCCGGUUUGGGCGGACGAAAGAAUCUACCACGAGCGCAUUGAGGAGGCCAUUCCUGAAGAGUUCAGGGGCUUGGUUACGCUGUGGUCCGAGACACAGAUGCUCGCUCUUUACCAGGGUAUCUACGACCACUUCACUCGUGGUCCUGAUCUCCCCGUUCACGGCGUGUACCGCGGUCUGUCCAUGGCCAUGCAGUACUUUGCUCACAAGCAUCCUGAAUACGACUACUUCUGGCAGUGGGAAAUGGAUGUGCGCUACACAGGACACUACUACGAUCUCUUUACCAAGCUUGAGAACUGGUCUAAAUCACAGCCUCGGAAAGGUCUCUGGGAGCGCAAUUCUCGCUUCUAUUUCCCCAGUAUUCACGGCAGCUGGGAAGACUUCUCACAAAUGGCUCGGGUCCAGAGUCAGAUGGGUGUCGUAGGCGCUGACAAUGUCUGGAAGGGAGUUCCUGGUCUAGACGGCAAGUCCCCUGACUCUGACACCAAAGGCCACCGCACUGUAUGGGGACCCCUUCGUCCUAAGGAUGAUGAUGACUGGUUUGAGCCUGGCAACGAUCCUGUUGCUCCCACUUCUUACGAGAAGGAUCACUACAAAUGGGGCGUUGGAGAAGAGGCCGAUUACAUUGCACUUAACCCGAUCUUUAACCCUGAUGGUACGACUUGGGGUCUCAAGGAGGACAUCACAGGCUACAACCGGACCGAGGGACUCCCUCCCCGCCGGGCCAACAUUAUCACCACUUCGCGUAUGUCGCGGCGACUGCUGACGACUAUGCACAAAAUGACGGCUUUCAAGAAACAAUUCGCCUUCCCUGAGAUGUGGCCUGCCACCGUCGCUCUGCAGCAUGGCUACAAGGCCGUCGCUGUGCCCCAUCCUGUCUAUGUUGAUCGCAACUGGCCUACAGCGUAUAUGGCACAGGUUUACAACAACGGCCGCGACGGUGCAAGUGGAGGCUCUCGAACCAGCAUCUUUGGUGAUCGCGAACACAACAUGCACGGCCUUUCUUGGUUCUACAAUUCGGGCUUCGCACCAAAUAUGUAUCGUCGCUGGCUAGGUCUUCGAGUGAACAAUGACGGCGGCGAGGAGUUUGAAGGCACAGAAGAUAAGAGCAAAAAGGGCAAGGGAGUUGGCAAUAUGCGUGGUGGCGAGGGCAGAAUGUGUCUGCCUCCUAUGCUGCUUCAUCCCGUCAAAGAUGUCGAGCUGCCUGUUGAAGCCCCUAAGGCCGAUGUUGAGGCGGGUAAAGCCCCCGAGUCUGAUCCUGGAGCCUGA